CAAGGCCACUUCCAUGCCGCGAUUGGUCUUGAAAAUCACAUGACCACGUCUCCUAGCAUCCAUAAUUAUGUUGCUGAUAUAUUUUUGGCGCCCCCCUCCUCCCUAAAAGAUGUCAGCAUCCUCCUGUCUUUCUUGUGUCGGAAGGAUCCACCAGCGGGGCUGAAACCAUGUCAUGUCCCAAUAACAUGGCGGCUGGCAACUUCAUGAUGGAUUCCUUAAUGGGAGGGUCAUCAUCAUCUUACAGGAGUGAGGCUUACUCCGACGGGCCCGGGAUGUUCGUGGACUGCGGCUACUCGGGCGGGAGAAACACGGAGGCCAAACUAGCCCCGUCUUGCCUCUCCAAGACCACCGCCUGCGGACUCACGGCGGACGGGCUGCCGCUCGCCAGCCUCCACAACGGGCCCUACCUGCCGGCGCAGAUGGCCACAUGGAGCCGGAGCUCUAAGUCCGGGGGAGAUUCGCAACCUGUUGCCCCGUGUUUACAACCGUGCCACGUCAAAGAGGAGGCGUUUUGUGGCCGCUAUCCGGAUGACGGCAAUCAUAACAGAGACACAACAGAGCCGGCCGUCUACAUCCGGCUGGGGGACAAUGGCUGCCGACCCCAGGCGAGCGGCGUCUUCCAGGUGCACGGCGCUGAGGGACGGCUUUGGCCGGCCCCCUCGGGAUUGCCUCUUGCUCUCCCGGCCGCGGCGGCCGAACCGAGUUCGGGCCGUGAGAGCGCGGGCGAGGAAGCCGGCCAGGUGGAUGAUGACGAGGAUCGCGACACCAAGCAGAAGGCCAAGAGUGACAGCCGCUCGGAGGACUCGGAUGUGCAAUUCAAAGAUGUUUCGUCGGAGAAGACAAGCGGAAGCUGGUUGAAGGCCAAAAGCGGCCGCAAGAAGCGCUGUCCUUACACCAAGCACCAGACGCUGGAGCUGGAGAAGGAGUUCUUGUUCAACAUGUAUCUGUCCCGGGAGCGCCGCCUGGAGAUCAGCCGGAGUAUUAACCUGACCGACCGCCAAGUCAAGAUCUGGUUCCAAAACAGACGCAUGAAGCUCAAGAAGCUCAACAGGGAGAGUCGCCACAGGGAGCAAGGCGCCGUCUAUCACUACGUUUAAAACGCACUCACCCGUGCACACACACACACACACACACACACACACACACACACACACACACACACACACACACACGCGCGCGCGCGCGCCCGUACGCACAGACACCCACACACGCAAAUGCAUGCACACUCAGUUCGGUCACUAAUGAACAUCGAACCAUUCAUCAACAGCGGAGGCGUUCCUUAGUACAAACUCUUCAGUAACUCACGAUUGGAUACCUGGAAGAUGAUCUUGUGUGUGGAUGACACGCACACGUCCAGCUGUGCAUGUGCACGAGAUGACUACGCCGCCACGUCACGUCACGCCAAAUAGUGUCAGAACAACACGUGCACACACGCACACUCACACACACGCACGCGCGCGCACACACACAUACACACACAUACACACACACACACACACAAAGGCAGGGCGAGCCUACAUGUCCCUGGAAAAAGUGUGAGCGAGAAGGAUAGAGAGAGAGAAAGUGCUGCUGAGAUCAUCAGGCCACUUUUAAUAGAAGCGCGAGACCAUAACCUUGAUUUAAAUAUUAUCCAGGUGACCACAGCAAGUCAAGGUCAUAAAAGUCUAAUGUCAGCUUCGCCCUGGAAAGCGUUGGGGGUGGAUUUUAUGAUCUGCAAAUAUAAUGUGCCGCAGCAGUAAAGAUGCGCUUUAAAAGGUGUGUGUGCGCGGAGGAGGGCGAAUCGGCACAUGCACGGGGCGCCGGCUGCAAAGUGCACCAUCGAGCAAGCACAUUUGGAGGCUGCGGCCGGCUGCCAGAAACAAACAACAUGGACGAGAAAGAAUAACCAAAGAAAGAUGGAGUGGACGCGGCAUGGACAGCGGGUGGAAGCGGCUCCGUCCCUCCUGCAUGUAGGAGAGCACGUGGAUUGGACCGAGGCCAGGUAGGACGCUUUUCUUCUCUUCGAUGCAGUGAUUCCUAGCCUUGUUUUUGGAAGAGUGCGCUUCAUCUCUCAGGGUGUGUGACAUGCGUGCCGGUGUGUUCCAGGACUUUAUGGCGAUGGAAAUGAGUGGGAUAUUGAAUGUACGCGCGUGCUGGCUCGGGUUUGCAUGCAAGCUGGAAAUGAAUGGUGGUUCUUUGGUGUAUGUGAGGAAUAUGCUUUGGCCAAUGUUGUGCACUUGGGAUGGGUGAGGAAGUCGCGCGGCUGUCCGCCCGCCCGCCCGCUGCAGCCUGCAGCCUGGUGUGCACUGUUCUGGUCGCCUUUGUCUUUGCGUCGCUGGCUCUUUCCUCUCAUGGAUUUUGACCCUUUUUUAUCACGCAGCUGAAGCGUGGUUUAGGUAGUUUCGUGUUGUUGGGGUUGGCUUCCUGACUCGGCAACAAGAAACUGCCUUGAUUACGUCAGUUCGUUUUCAUCAAGGGCACAAUUUCGUCCUGUAUGUCCCCACUUAAAGGCACCCUGCCUGCACCAGGAAGGUUCCCACUAAAACAGAAGGCCAUUGAGAGAGCUUUUACUUGCCUCGCUGUUGUUUCGUGCGUCGCACGUAGCUGUAAACAAAAGACAUCUGCCGCUGAUGGACGGACGCACGCACGCACGCACAGACGGCCGGACACGAAAAAUCAAUUCUGGCUUUGGUUCGGCGUCGUGGCGGCGUAACUUUGGUGGCAGGAUUGUCAAGCUGAUGUGCAAGCGGGCUCGUUUCGUCAUUUGGACACCUUUGCCGUGUUGAACUCACAACGGUGCUUCUGCUUCGUUUGCCUUCCCAAUGUGCAUCAAAGGGACAGAUGAGCAACGAGGAUAUGAAGAGCCUUCAUAGUUGGUCUCUUUCAUUCUUGUAGCAGGCUAUAGCAUCCGUCGUUGUCGUACAUAUAGACUGUGAGAAAAGAGAAGCCCUUCUGAAUAGUUUUCCUGCUAGUGGCCCAAACAAUAAAAUCAGUGGCUAUACGUCUUACACUCAAUGUAAUGUACUGUAUGUACACAUACAGAACAUUUGACAAUCAAGUUGUAUUCCAUUCAAUUCAAUUCAACUCAAGUGAGCAUUAAGUUAUGUUGAGUUUUCUCAUGAAAGGUGGACAUUUAUAAAUGUGAAUUUGCAGAUGAAGCCAGCAAUUCUUUUUUUUUUUUUGCCAACUCUGAGAAAGCAAAGCGCCGAAGCCUCGUUGAAUCAUGCGCCUAAUCGUGUGUGGCACGAAUAACAAAAACGUGGAUACGUAGAAGACAACUCACAGUGUGUGUGUGUGUGUGUGUGUGUGUGUGUGUGUGUGUGGAGGGAGGGAGGGAAGGGGAUCUGUCAUGUGCGUGCAGUUGCCACGCAUGUUUACUCAUCAUGUGUGAUGAUCUCAUGCUCCGCUGGCCUGUCGUGUAGUGUCGCCUCGCGGUGCGUCGCGCAGCUCCCGCUCACCCGGCCUGCAGGCCGCCUUGUUUAUUGCUCCCUCUCGUCCGCUCUUCUUGCCGCAAAUCAUAUCACCAAGUAUAUGCAUAUAGCGGCGCUGCAAGCCGCAAGCUGGGCGGUGGCAGUCUGGAAUCCAAAGUCACUUACAUUCAGUCCGCUCCAUGGGCGUCUUCCCCUGGAAUGCAUCAGUGACAAAGACUUUUACGGCGCCGCAAACAGUUCACCCUAAAACCAUAUAAACAUAAAGCCAUUUCUUUUCACUUUGGAGUGGCGCGCAGGAAGCGAAGCCCUCAGACGGUCAUUUCCUCCUCGGCUGAAGUGUGAUGGCAACACGCUGCUGCUACGCCAAAGCGCCGUCACAACUUCUAAUCUUCCAUUCAAAGACGACAACAACAAGAACAAUAACAACAACAACACGGACGACGCUUCAGAACGCGAAAACCUAUUGAU